AUGAAGCUACCACCUAUCAUCGUCGGCGGCCUCGGCGGCCUCACUAUCCUUGAAUGCACGUACGCCUACCCAGGAAUGAGAGCCACAGGUCGUUCUGUUGUAACGUCCCUGGUUGCAAGGCAGCGCCUUUCCAAAUUGAAUAUCGUCUCAAUUCUCAUACGACGACCCAUACUCAAAGUCGUCUCCAUUUCUGUCCGGUGCGAAGCUGCCCGCGAAGCGAAGGUGGUAAAGGCUUCAAGAAGAAAACGAUAUAAUUCGUCAUGGAAUUGUAUAUCGAAAUUCCAGUUGUGUGUGUCCGUUCUGUCCAGAUCGAGAGCAGAAAUAUGCCAGACCGGAGAACCUUCAGCGGUAAGGCUUGCACCUACUCCUCCCAAAAUGUCACCAUCAGUUCUCAGCCACGUUCGUGUCCACCACGUGGAUAAGGGCAGAGAUGAUCCUCAGCUACGAGAAGUUCUCGCUCAGCGCCCUGAGGGUGGCAGCCGUAGCUGCAGAAGACAUAUUAUCACUUACUAG